UGUUUGUUCAAGCAUACAGACCACGGUGUUUCUUAAUGUCGUUUAGCUAGCCUCGCCAGGAAAGUGUGUUAUUGGAAAUAAGUUAAUUUGUCUGCUUGAAGUAACGCGAAAGCACGAUAUGCCAGAGCCGUCAGAGAUGAGUGGUCCUGAGGUAGCGAAGACGCCGGGGGGCAGGGCGCCGGGGAAGGAAGGCAUGGAGGCUGUAGCCAAUGGCCAUGCAGGAGAGGGUGAACAGGGAGGAGACGAUCCCUUCGCUGAGUACAUGUGGAUGGAGAACGAGGAUGCGUACAACAGACAGGUUGAAGAGGAAUUGUUGGAGCAGGAGUUCUUGGAGCGUUGUUUCCAGGAGAUGUUAGAUGAGGAGGACCAGGAUUGGUUCAUCCCGGCCAGAGACCUCCCCUCAGGGAUGGGGCAGCUCCAGCAACAGCUCAACGGCUUGUCAGUCAAUGACAGAGGAAACGCAGAGGAGAUGGCGAGGAAAAGCAACUUGAACCCUGAUGCGAAGGAGUUCGUUCCGGGAGUGAAAUACUAGGAGUCCCCCUCAACCCCAUGGAGCACGAACAUUCACGCUCACAUAACCUUGCAGAGACUCUGGCGGCCUUGACCGCAAAACACACACAGGUCCAGGGUGUGUAGGUAGAAACCUGUAAGGGGGUGGGGGGACUUCUUUUCUUUAAGAUUUGUAUUUUAUUUGUUUCAACUUGUCAUCUAAAGGACAGGGGCGGGGUAUCAGUAUCAACAGAGCCCUACAGAGGGCGCUGCUGCUGCAUUUACAUUCGAGGAUGUAUCCCAAAUAGUACCCUAUUCCUUAUGUAGUGCACUACUUUUGACCAGGGCCCAGAUUCACAAAACAUUUCUAAAUGCAAAAACUUACAAACUAGCUUGUUUUUAUUCUUAAGUGUAUUAUCUUAAGAUUUAAUGAUUUUCUUAUGAACUUCUCAAUCUUCUUAAGAUGCUUGUUGCAAGGCAACCGAUUUAGCAAACAAUGGCAAUCAUGUUAGCAUAUUUAUUACUGUUCUAAAACUUGGGUUUAAAAUUAUCAAUACUGAAACUUUUAGAUGACGUUUGUGUGAAAUAAACAUGUUCAAUUGCUUUUUGACAUUUUUUUUUAGCUAUCUUGGAAUUAAGAACAUUUCCAAUAAAAUGUAUUUUCAACUUUUUACUUAAGGAGAAAAUGUGCAAUAACAUUUCCAAUAACCUUUUUGAGGAAUAGCAACUUUGCUUAACUUUCUUCUUAACUACCAUUUUGUUCCUUAAGACUUUUCUUCUUAAAUCUAUAUUUAAGGUUUUGUGAAUCUGGUCCCAGGGCCCUACCAUUGUUGGCCCAGGGCCCUAACGUUGUGGGCCCUGAUCUAAAGUAGUGCACUCCAUAAGAAAACGGGUGCUUUUUCGUACAUAUACAGAGAAAUUGCAAACUCUUGAGAUUUUCCAACUUUAUUUUUUACUUGUCAUGGUUGCCAUGUUGGCACCUAAAAGUUCCAUGUGAAUACAACAAGCGAAUUGCAAAUGAUACUCUGUUCCACUAUAGAUGGCACCCUUGUAAAAUGGCACCCUUGUAAAAAUAGGGUGCCAUUUUGAGAUCUGCAUUUAUACGUUUCAUGGCGGCCUUGUUGGUGCCAGAAUGUUCCACAACGUUACCAUUCUAAUUGGAAUCCAACUACGAAUGUAAUUAUUGUUAACGAACGACGACUGGAGCCAACGUGGACGACACGGUUGGCCGUUCUAGAUUUCUGUAACUACGUACCUCUGGUCACAAUAUGACAUUACUCUUCUGUCUCAUUUCCCGUUAUGACAUCAUCAUCAUACAGACUCACUCUGUGUAGAGCUGUUUUUAUUUCUCAUGGGCCUGGUUCCAAACCAAUUAUUCAUAUUUCCUAUCCCCUACACCCUUUAAACUCAAGUCUUGACCUCGAAGCCAGUUCCGCUGCAUUUUAUUUUUUAUCUUUCCCUCUAAUCAGGGACUGAUUUUAGAACUGGGACACCAGGUGAGUGCAAUUAAUUAUCAGGUAGAACAGAAAACCAGCAGGCUCUGACCCUCGUAUGGUAAGAGUUGAAUACCCCUGCCCUAUACCAUUGUUCACUCCCUCCUUGUGGGUGAAAAAGUUUAAGUUUUAUUCCCCAUAGGCUGCGUUUACACAGUCACCCGAAUUCUGGUAUUUUUUUCCCAGUAAUUGGUCUUUUGACCAAUCACAUCAGAUCUUUUCCAAUCAAAUAUUUUUCAGAGCUGUUCUGAUUGGUCAAAAGACCAAUUAGUGAAAAAAAAUAUCAUAAUUGGGCUGCCUGUACAAACACUGCAAUAUAGACCUACUUUUAAUCAGAACCUGGAGUCCUGAUCUAAAGAAGUGCAUCAUUUGAGGUGUCACGUGAUGGGGAACCAGAGUGCAUGGGUUAGGGUAUUGGUGUUUGGUUUGUAACUAGGCCGUUCCCUGUGAUGCGUCUCAAAUGGCACCCUAUUCCCUUUAUAGUGCACUACUUUUGACCUGUGCUCUGGUCAAAAGUAGUGUACUCAAUGGGGAAUAGGGUGCCAUUGCCUCUCGCAGUACUGAAGGAAUGGAAGCAAUCAUGUUGAACUUUGUUGGAUCAAUAAUGUUGAUCAAUACAUUAUCAGGUUUAUCUGUUAAUCAAUCUCUUGUUUUUAGAGGAACAAGGUGUUUGUCUCUUGGGUUGCCGUAGCUUGUGGUCAAAACGGUAAUGGAUGUGUCCCCCAAAUAGCACCCUAUGCCCUUUAAAAAAAAUCAUUUUUAACCUUUAUUUAACUAGGGCCCAUAGCACUCCCUAUGAGCUCUCAAAGGGUCCUGGUUAAAAGUGGUGCACUACAUAGGCAGUUGGGUACCAUUUAUGAAUCACACUAAUCUUAACUGUUAUGGUGGGGGGAAAUGCUAGAUUAGUGUCUAGGGGAGGUUUAAAAUGAAUGGGUGGGACUUGAGCGAGGGUUGACUAACCACAGGCCACGUGCACCCUGGGUAAACCAAUAGGAAUUGUCUGCCAGUUGGAUUUACAUGAAAAUAAUGGAUUUUGAGUUGGAAAAAGUCCCAACGACCCAAAGUACGAAUUUCAAUACAACAAGAUGAAUAAAAAUGUGAAACUGCA